CCUUGACAAAUAAUUUCCCUCCAUUUACAAACGCCAUCUGCGUGAAAUAUGGUGGAUGUGUGUUUAGUUUGUUGUAGUCUACAAAUGUGAAGUUACGCUCUAAAAAAAAAUGUAUAGAACACCAAAAAGAGCAAGAAUUCAAUCGGAAAAUAAUGUAGUAUUGCACGAUAUUUCUCCAAGCACGAAAUCUUUAGCGGGUACUCCGAAUUCCAUAGAUCAACGGCCGGUUAACGGUAAUGGUAAUGAAAAUCUUGUAUCACCAAGCGAAUCGAGAAGGGGACGUCCCAGAGCCGAAUUUUUAAAUACCUUGAUUUUGGAAGGUACCAGCUCGCCAAGUUCCAUUAAGUGCACUUACUGUGGAAGAGUUUUUCCUAGGGAAAAAUCCUUGCAAGCACACUUACGAACACAUACAGGUGAACGACCGUACGUAUGCGAUUACCCUCGCUGCUCGCGCAGGUUUACGCAGUCGGGACAACUCAAAACUCACCAACGUUUACAUACGGGCGAAAAGCCGUUUAUGUGUACGGCGGCGAAUUGCGACCGCAAGUUCACACAUGCAAACCGCCAUUGUCCGGAGCAUCCGGACGCACAGUUGCGUCGGUUCACGUCCUCGCUGUCGUCAUCGAACGAAAAAAUUAAUGACGAGGACCACUCCACAGCUGUCCAAAAGUGGUUGAACAACAAAAGUUCAUCCAAACCGACCAAACGAAAGUCAAUGAAGUUUUCGGCUUUGCUGGAAAACGACGAGAACGAAAGCAUGGAUGCGUAUAUGAAAAUCGGUGACCAUCACAAAUUAAAUCUAAUAGAUUCGGAAAGCUCGCAAAGCAGUAAAACGUCGUUGCAAGAUUUCCCUAGUUACAAUGGCGACGAUAACAUAAGCGAUUUCGAAGGAUUCUCGAGUAUACAACAUUCCAAUGUACCACCCGAUUCCGUCCAGUUAUAUACAUCACAUUCGGAAGUGUCACGAACCCAAAAGUCGAUCAGCGAGAAUAUAGAAUUGCCAAAAAAGCGCUGGUUACGCGAAGCCGUCCAAGACCAACAAAGAUGGGAUGCGUCGCAGCAUUUAGCUCGUCCCAUUAAUUGGGACGAGAUAAAUCUCGUCGAGUACGAAAAUCAGAAACGUCCAACCGUCCUAAUGCGGGUGCAGGAUCACGGCACAACGAAAGAGGUUUCAAGGGCAGACAUGCAAACCGCAAUUGCUUUGGUGGAGUUAAAAAAUGGUGGGCCUUUAAACCACCGUCAAUAUUAACGCAUCUUUAUGUAGUACAAUGUCUUAAGUUAGUACAUAUUUCUUGAAUGUGAUAAUGGUGCAUAUGAAGGUGGUGACAUAGUCACUCAAUUCAAAAGGUACCAGCUCUUAGGAUGCAAGAAGAUAUUUUAUAGCAAUAAUCGCUAUUAAACUCCUCCUUAGUAGUUAGUUUAGGUUAUUUACAUACUCACCAUGGUUUUGAAACUUUUUGCUGCAAAACUGCACUGGGUGGCCAAAUAAGAGCGACGUACGGCUGUAUUUCAGAAUAAAUCUUUUUUUAAGUAAAAGUGUUGGAGAAAAUGAAAAUUAUUUUUACUUUCUUACAAUAUCUGCUAGAGGGCAAAACGCAGAAAUCUUCACCACAUUAAUAUAAUC